CGCACCGCAGCGGAACCGCGCACCGGUGGUACCGGAGCCCGACGGCGCAGGCGCAGCCAUGGUGUCCGGCAAGCAGCUGGCCGACUUCGGCUACAAGGCCUUCUCCGGCUCCAUGGUGCUGUUGACGCUCUACGGCGGGUACCUGUGCGGCGUCCGCUCCUACCGACUCCUCCAGCGUCGCCGGGAGCGGCAGGCCGCGGCCGGUCCCGAGAGCUGAGGGCGGCCUGGGACCCGGUACCGUUUCCCGGCUGGGGGGGGGGGGGGGGAAGCAAGGAAAGCCCCCCACGGGCGCCCCAGGCUGCGGGCGGGAGAUGGAGCGCAAUAAAAGCCCUGUGAAAAGG